UUGCUGUGAGUGGGGGAGAGUUUGUCACUGAGGGAAUAACUGACAGAGAUCCUAACUGAACAGGGAAUCAAUAAAUAAAGACUCUGACAGAGAGGAUAGUCAUGGAAACCCAGAAGCCACAGAUUCACCUGUAAACAACAAAAGGCGAUCUCCCCCCUCAGAAAGGCCUCCCUUUGGACCUCAUCUUACUCAACACCACAACAUCUCUGCAGAAGAACAAGACAGUCCAGAGAGAAUUAUUCAAAAGGAAGAGCUCCAUGCUGAACUAAAACGAGUUUUGAGUGAGAAGAGAAACCAUCUUAGAGAAAUCAACUCCACAGUCACCGACAUGGAGGAAAACUCAAAGAAGGACAGUAAUAGUGAGAUAGAGAAGGAAAAUCGUUUGUCAGAGCUUGUGGAAGUGGUUGUUGAAACACAGGCCGAGGUUGGGGCAAGUGGUUAUAGUGUGGUGGGUGGAGGGGAGCAAGGCAUCUUCAUCAAAGACGUCUUGAAAGACUCCCCAGCAGCCAAGCACCUCAGCUUACAGAAAGGUGAUCAACUGCUAAGCGCCAGGGUGUAUUUUGAUAAUGUAAAAUAUGAGGACGCAUUCAAAAUUCUCCAGUGUGCAGAACCCUACAAAGUGUCCUUCUUUUUAAAGAGGACUGUGCCAGAAAGUGAUGUCAGCAUACGUCUGGGUGCACAAAAUCUUGAACUCAGAAGUCCUAAGGCCAAAAUGCAAAGAAUGAGUGUCAAAAGUGUGAAACUGUUCAAAGCCAAGAAAAAGAGAGGAGGGCGAUUUGGAUUAAAAAGACUGAAAGAGAACAAAAAAGCAAGAGCACAGCUGGACAUCGAAGGUUCACCUGGCAAAUCAAUGCUCAGUCCUGUUGAUGUUGAGUUUGUUUUCCCAAAGUUCAAGAUGAGAAAAGGUGUAAAGGCAACUGCAGAUGGAUCAGGGCAGCUGGAGGGGAUGACCACUAGUUCUAGAAAGAAAAGGAAGAUCAGAUUUCCAAAGAUGAAAGAAAUGGAUGCUGCUGUAGGUGAUGUUUCAACAUACGAAGGUCAUGCAGAGGCCUCUGGAGCUAAGCUAAAGGGCAACGCAAAAGGUGCAAAAUUUGGAAUUAAUUUACCCAAAAUUAAAAAGUCAAAAUGGGAUGCACAGUCUUCUACUGACAACUUUGAUGUAAAAGGAUCAGUGGCCAAACUAAAACCUCCAUCAACAGAGUCGAAUCUUAGUAUGCAUAAGGGCAAAGUUGAAGUCAGGGUCUCUAAUCCUGACAUUAGUGUUAAAGGAAAGGCACAAAAUCCUGAGGCAAAACUGCCUGAGAUUAAUUUAGAUGUGUCUAAUACAAAGAUGGCAAUGCCAAAUAUCAAACUGCCAAAGGUAAGGCUUUCUUGUAAUUCAGAUGAAAUGGAUGGUGAGGCAAGAAAGUACAAAAUGCCCACGGGUGACAUCAAAGCAGGAAAUGUGGAUUUGAAUCUGGGAGGAGCUGAAUUAAAAAAAGGUAUAAUUCCUGAUACAAAUGUGAAAGGAAAAAAUAUAAGCAUGGCCAAAGUAGACACUACAAUAAAGCUAAACCUUGAGACAAAACAAAAAUUUGGAGAUGGGUCAUUUUCUCUUCCCAAACCUGAUAUUGCAGUGCCAAAUAUAGAAACAUCGGACGUGGACAUUAGUCUUCCUACAUUAGAAGUGUUGAUACCAAAGGUGACUUUGGAAGAAGGUAAAAUUGAUGUUGAGACAGCUAGGAUCGAAGGCGGUACAAAGCUUGACACUUUAAUACCAAAAGGAACAAUAGAAAGUACUCAACAUAUUGAUGGAAAAGGAGGACAUUUUGAAAUGGCAAAAUUUGAUGUUACCUUGCCUAAGAUGAAAUCAUCAGGUGAAAUUGAUGUUAAAGGUCCUGAAGUCAAGGGUGGAAAGUUUCACGUGCCCUCUAUAGAUUUCUCUCUACCAGGAGGAGCAAAAGGAGAUGUAAAUAUUGAAGGACAAACAGGAAAAGGAGGAAGAUUGGAAAUGCCAAAAUUUGACGUUUACUUGCCUAAACUAAAAUCAUCAGGAGGUGAAAUUGAUGUUAAAGGUCCUGAAAUAAAAGCUGGAAAGUUUCACAUGACCUCUGUAGAUAUCUCUCUCGCAGGAGGAGGAGCCAAAGGAGAUGCAAAUAUUGAUGGACAAUCAGGAAAAGGAGGAAAAUUAGAAAUGCCCAAACUCGACGUAUCUUUGCCUAAAAUGAAAUCAUCAGGGGAAAUUGAUGUUAUAGGUACUAAAAUCAAAGGUGGAAAGUUUCACAUGCCCACUAUCGAUAUCUCUCUACCCGGAGCAGGAGCCAAAGGAGACAUAAAUAUUGGAGGACAGGCAGGAGAAGGAGGAAAAUUUGAAGUGCCAAAAUUUGAUGUUUCCUUGCCUAAAAUGAAAUCAUCAGGGGAAAUUGACAUUAAAGGUCCUGAAGUCAAAGGUGGAAAGUUUCACAUGCCCUCUAUAGAUAUCGCUCUACCAGGAGGAGGAGCCAAAGGAGAUUUAAAUAUUGAAGGACAAUCAGGAAAAGGAGGAAAAUUUGAAAUGCCCAAACUUGACGUUUCCUUGCCAAAAAUGAAAUCAUCAGGUGAAAUCGAGGUUAAAGGUCCCGAAGUCAAGGGUGGAAAGUUUCACAUGCCCACUAUAGAUAUCUCUCUACCAGGAGGAGGAGCCGAAGGAGAUGUAAAUAUUGAAGGACAAACAGGAAAAGGAGGAAAAUUAGAAAUGCCCAAACUUGACGUAUCUUUGCCUAAAAUGAAAUCAUCAGGUGAAAUCGACGUUAAAGGUCCCGAAGUCAAGGGUGGAAAGUUUCACAUGCCCACUAUAGAUAUCUCUCUACCAGGAGGAGGAGCAAAGGGAGAUGUAAAUAUUGAAGGACAAACAGGAAAAGGAGGAAAAUUUGAAAUGCCAAAACUUGAUGUAUCUUUGCCUAAAAUGAAAUCAUCAGGUGAAAUCGAUGUUAAAAGUCCUGAAGACAAAGGUGGAAAGUUUCACAUGCCUACUAUAGAUAUCUCUCUACUAGGAGGAGGAGCAAAAGGAGACAUAGAUAUUGAAGGGACAGGCGGAAAAGGAGGGAAAUUUGAAAUGCCCAAACUUGAGUAUUCUUGCCUAAAAAUGAAAUCAUCAGGUGAAAUUGACAUUAAAGGUCCUGAAGUCAAGGGUGGAAAGUUUCACAUGCCCACUAUAGAUAUCCUACCAGGAGGAGGAGCAAAAGGAGUAAAUAUUGAAGGACGAGCAGGAAAAGGAGGAAAAUUUGAAAUGCCAAAAUUAGAUGUUUCCUUCCCUAAAAUGAAAUCAUCAGGUGAAAUCGAUGUUAAAGGUCCUGAAGUCAAAGGUGGAAAGUUUCACAUGCCCUCUACAGAUAUCUCUCUACCAGGAGGAGGAGCCAAAGGAGCAAAUAUUGAAGGACAAGCAGGAAAAGGAAGAAAUUUGAAAUUAUCUUUGCCUAAAAUGAAAUCAUCAGGUGAAAUCGACGUUAAAGGUCCUGAAGUCAAGGGUGGAAAGUUUCACAUGCCCACUAUAGAUAUCUCUCUACCAGGAGGAGGAGCAAAAGGAGAUGUAAAUAUUGAAGGACAAGCAGGAAAAGGAGGAAAAUUUGAAAUGCCAAAAUUAGAUGUUUCCUUCCCUAAAAUGAAAUCAUCAGGUGAAAUCGAUGUUAAAGGUCCUGAAGUCAAAGGUGGAAAGUUUCACAUGCCCUCUACAGAUAUCUCUCUACCAGGAGGAGGAGCAAAAGGAGAUGCAAAUAUUGAAGGACAAGCAGGAAAAGGAGGACAAUUUGAAAUGCCAAAAUUAGAUGUUUCCUUGCCUAAAAUGAAAUCAUCUGGUGAAAUUGACAUUAAAGGUCCUGAAGUCAAGGGUGGAAAGUUUCACAUGCCCACUAUAGAUAUCUCACUACCAGGAGGAGGAGCAAAAGGAGAUGCAAAUAUUGAAGGACGGGCAGGAAAAGGAGGAAAAUUUGAAAUGCCAAAAUUAGAUGUUUCCUUCCCUAAAAUGAAAUCAUCAGGUGAAAUCGAUGUUAAAGGUCCUGAAGUCAAAGGUGGAAAGUUUCACAUGCCCUCUACAGAUAUCUCUCUACCAGGAGGAGGAGCCAAAGGAGAUGCAAAUAUUGAAGGACAAGCAGGAAAAGGAGGAAAAUUAGAAAUGCCCAAACUUGACGUAUCUUUGCCUAAAAUAAAAUCAUCUGGACGUGAAAUCAAUGUUGAAGGUCCUGAUAUCAAGGGUGGAAAGUUUCACAUGCCCUCCAUAGAUUUCUCUCUAUCAGGAGGAGGAGCAAAAGGAGAUGUAAAUAUUGAAGGACAUGCAGGAAAAGGAGGAACAUUUGAAAUGCCCAAACUUGACAUAUCUUUGCCUAAAAUGAAAUCAUCAGGUGAAAUCGACGUUAAAGGUCCUGAAGUCAAGGGUGGAAAGUUUCACAUGCCCACUAUAGAUAUCUCUCUACCAGGAGGAGGAGAAGGAGCAAAAAGAUAUGUAAAUAUUGAAGGACAAGAAGGAAAAGGAGGAAAAUUUGGAAUGCCCAAACUUGACGUUUCCUUGCCUAAACUGAAAUCAUCAAGUGGUGAAAUUGACGUUAAAGGUCAUGAGGUCAAGGGUGGAAAGUUUCACAUGCCCUCUAUAGAUAUCUCUCUACCAGGAGGAGGAGAAAAAGGAGAUGUAAAUAUUGAAGGACAAGCAGGAAAAGGUGCAAAAUUUGUUGAUCUCUCUCUGCCCAAGAUGAAAUUAAAAGAACUGAAAUUUGAAAGACAAGAUAAAAAAGGAAGAAAGUUCCAUAUUCCGGACAUUGACAUCUCAAUGCCUAAAAUCUCCCAUAAUUUUGAUACAGAUGCCAAUGCUACUGGCACUAAAAUAAGUGACCCUGAGGUGACUGUAGGCGGAAACAUUAAGCUCCCAACUGUGAAAAUACCAACUGUUGACAUAUCUGCUCCGAAAGUUGACCUGGACUUUAUUUACCCAAAGGGUAAAGACAGUGACAGAGAAAAUAUAGAACUUCUUAAAGCAGAGGGUGGAAGGCCAUCCUCUGGGACAAGUUUUGAUAUUCCAGAUGUCUCUUUCAAAAUGCCCAAAAUUUUGCUCCCUAAAUUUGGCAGAAAAUUGAAAAGUGGAGAAAAAGAACAAGGGAGUCCUGCAUCUGCAGAUUUAGACAUGGAAGGGAAAUUGCCGUCCAUGGAAAUUGAUGGAACGAUUAAGAAGACCCCAAUUAAAAUGGCACCGAAAAAAGGAAAGAUCAAAGAUGCAGAAAUGGAAAUGUCCUUGGAGACACUCGAAAACAAAGGAAAGCUCAAAUUGCCAGCCAUUGAGAUAUCACUGCCAACCUCAAAUAUUCCAGAAUAUGAGGUAUUGCUUCCAAAAGCUGAGGUUGAUGUAUCUGAAUCAGAUAUUCGAAGCUACGAGGGCAGCCUAAAAAUCCCUAAAAUGCCAACUAUUGAUAUAUCAGUUCCAAAAGUUGAUUUAGAUGUGUCCUUGUCUAAAGUUAAGCUUGAUGAGUCAAUGGACUCAAACUCUUCUGAUUUAAAUAUUGAAAGUAGUAGGGGUGUAGUACAUUUUCCAAAUAUCAAAAUCCCUAAAGUAGACAUUUCACUUCCACGUGUAAAAUCAGGGGGCACAGAAAAUGUUGAGGUGGAAGGUAAAGGUAGCAAAAUCAAGUUACCAAAAAUUCCAGCGGUGGACAUAUCUCUACCCAAAGGGAAAACUGAUCAAAAUAAUCCUCAUGAACCAGAAGCUGGAGGAGUAGGACACUUCAGUGUGACCGGGGUUAAGAUACCAAAUGUUGACAUAAAGAUGGCAACAGUUGAUAUAUCACCUCCCAAAAUCAAACCUAAAGACAUUAUCGCACCAGACGUUCAAACUAGUGAAGGGGAAUGUAAAGGCACAACCCCUGGCAUCAAAUUACCAAAAGUAGAUAUCUCAUUACCUCAAGGUAAAACGGGCAACAUUAGUCCUGCAGAACUUAAACUUAGUGGGGAAGCUGGUAAGUUUAGAAUGCCAAAUAUUAAUGUCCCAAAAGUGGAAAUGACAUUGUCACAUGAAAAAACAGGAGACAUUAAGACUCCUGAAAUAGAAUUUAGGGCCAAAGGAGAGAAAUUCAAGAUGCCCGAUAUAAAAACUCCUACAAUGGAUAUAUCUUUACCACAUGGCAAAGCAGGUGACCUUGAUAUUAAUAUACUAAAGGCAGAUGCAUCCAUUCCAACUACUGAUUCUGGCCUGAAGAUAACUGGUUUGCCUAAAGAAGGCAAAAAGAUGAGGAUGCCAGCAAUAGACAUAGUGGCUCCGAAGGGUGAUCUAGAGUUGGAUCUUGGUUUAUUGAAAGAAGGGGAAAAAAAUAAAAAGAUGCCUGAAGUGCAAAAUAUCGAGCUCAGUCCUGAUGAAUCAAAAGUUAAGGUAAAAGGGGAGAAAGUUAAAGGAUCUAAAUUUAAUAUUGGAAUGCCCAAAUUUAAAGUAUCCAGAUCAGAAGGUGAUGUGACAAAGUCUGUGAAAGAAGAUCCAAAAAGUUCUAAAGGAGGAACAGAUGCAAACUUGAAGGUUGGUGUACAAGCACAGGAGUCCUCCUUAAAUAUGUCUAAAAUGAAACUCCCUGACGUAGAGAUGACAGGUCCCAAAAGACUAAUAACGCCAAAGAUUCCAGAACUUGACUUUGACAUUGAGCCUGUUCAAGUUGACACUAACAAUGAAGAAGAUAGAAAGCAGACUAGUAAAGUAAAAAUUCCAAAGUUUGGAAUACCUCUGCCUUCUUUAGUUUCACCUGAAGCCAGUCUCACAUCUCAGGUUAAAGGCGAUUCUGUAUCCAUGCACUCUGAGGUGGAGUAUGAGGGCCCAAGCAUGCCAAAAGUAAGAAAAGCUGUAUUUGUUAUGGUGAAUCAACAAAUUGAAAGCACUGCUCUUGUGUGUCAUGAAGCAAGUUUUGGAAUUGGAGAUGAGAAGCUCAAGUUGCCAAAGAUUGAAUUGAAGCCAAGUGUUAGCAAGUCUCCAUCAAAUGAAAAGGGGAAAUCAAUAAGUGAUCAAGAGGAGGUAGAAAAAGGGAAGACUGGUAAACUGAAGAUGCCCAACGUCACAUUUUCAUCAGCAAAAACGGGAUUAUUUGAUGUAACACUAAGUGAGUCUGAUGAUGUAAGAAGUCCGAACCUCAAUGAUGACAAAGAUGACAAAGGAAAGUUUGCAAAGGUCAAAAUGCCUAAAGAGUUUUUCUCACCAUACUCAAAAGACAAAGUUGAGGAAGAGGAAACAAGUAUGAAAUUAAGGAAGGAGACCUCAUGGGAUGUCAAAGAGACACAAUCAGGCAAAAUGUCUUUCUCAGGUGUCAAGAAGACAACAGAAACGCAUGAGGGAAAAGGAGAGGUUAGUGUUUUAGUAUCCUCAAAAGCAAGGACUGAGAUGCUGGAAGAACGGGAGAGUUCCGAGUCGCCCAUACCCUCAGCUGGAUUUUUCUCUGUAAGUAAGAGCGAGGAGAGAGGGGAAACAACAUGGUUUAAAGUACCCAAAGUCACCCUUAGCCCCCAUACUGGCUUCCUUCAGAUCACUCCAGAAGGCUCUCCGAAGGGAAGCAGGUCCUCUCUGCCAUGCUCUGGUGAAGAAGCCUCUGGAGGUUUCUAUGUCAAGAUUCCAAGUAUAGAAUUUCUGACACAUGAAAUGUCUUCAGAGCAACUGGUUACCAAAACAAAGGGAACUCGAACUGUAGUGACUAAGACGACAAAGUACACAGAGACGAAAAGUAGCAGUUCAAACCUCUAAGCUUCUGAUCAGAAUUGUAACAGGCAAUAGUUAGUAGAAUAAUAUAUAUUUUUGUAUGUGACCAUUUUCUUCAGUAUUCCUGUUUUUCUCAGACCAUUUAUAAAUAAUAAAAAUGUUGCAACACAAAAAAAUGAAAUAUUAUAAAGACUGCUGAUCUCAUUUUUAUGUUUUGUAAUUUGCUGCUCUAUAGAACACUUUGAAUUGAUAUAUUUGUGAAAUAUUUCACACACACACAUGCUUUGGUGUACAUAAUACACUUACAACAAGUCUGUGCAGCUAAAGAAAAACAGUUUAAGAUAUUUAGAAACAUUAGGGGUUUCACGUUUUUAUUUCAGACCGAUGUGCCAGAAUUUCACAGUAUUUUGAAAACAUUGCUUUACUUUUUAAUGCCUGGUUUGUCUCUGUGGUUUGUAGUUGUUUUAUGGAUUUUAAAUAAUAAGAUAGGUAUUGUAUAUGCAUGAUCUGUACAGAUUUUAUGACUCUAAACCAAGUCUGUGAUGUUGAGUAUGUGUUGACUUUUGAGAAAAAUCUAAGACUUUUUUCUUCUAUUCUCUAAUGUGAUAUUGCAGUGCCAUUUCAAGGUUCAGAAUAUCAAAAUGCAAACAUGUUUUGUCCUUUAUUUGCAAAUAACUCCUGUUGACUAUUAAAGUAGCCUAAAAUACCUGAAUUAUUAUUGUAUUUGUAUAGUGUUUUAACGGGAGGUUUUAGUACUGAACUGCAUGUUUGUGAUGUUGUGAUGCUUUUAUGAAACACAUUUAGAAAAAUGAACAUCAUUAAGAUGUUUUUGUAUAGUGCAUAUAAACCCUACUCAAAUAAAAUAUUAA